AUGAAGUUGUUGUCUGCUACCGUCUUGGGAUUGCUCCCGUUGGCCCUGGCCGAAUCGAUUCUGGUCACUUUCCCUUCAGGAACGCCCGACUCGGUAGUGGACGGGGCAAAGAAGUCGAUCGUGGAUGCUGGUGGCCAGAUCACCCAUGAAUACACCUUGCUCAAGGGGUUCUCUGCCAACGCUCCGGAAAAGGCCAUCCAGCAGAUGUCGACGGAAUCUGCCGCGUACAAACCAAAUAUUGAGAAAGACCUGACUGUUUCUAUUCAGUAAUGGGAUGAUAGGUCUUCUGAAAGAAGGGCGCUCGCCCUUCUCUCCUGUAUUUUUCAUGGCUAUUUCCCCGCUGGUCUCGGGGCUUGACUGUUGGUCGGUGAUGAAUGAAAAACACUAGGUAUAUUGUAAUUCAGGACUGCUAUGUAUGCUUGACUACUUUUGGGGGGGAAGGAGGGUAUGCGCCUUGUAUUUGUCCAAGAUGGGCUACGUUCUGGACUGUCUCUUUUGAGUGCCAUAUGAACCUGCGAUUACUUUUUAUUUCCGCGAUUGAGACAUUAUUAUAUGUGCGCCUGUUCAUAUCCCCUUUAAAUUCUCAAAUUAAAUGGCUGUUGUUUGGUAUGGG